CUGAAGUGCUGGAAUUUGACUUUUUGGAAAUUGUCUCUUACUCUGAAAAUGCAGGAAGCUUAAGCGUGAAACUCACUCAUUAAAAACACACACACACACAUACAAAACCACAGGGCCUAUCAGCCUGUCGUCAUCAAGCAGACUAGAAUAGUGCAGAAAACUCUAGACAGAGAGGAAAUGAACUUGAGAGAAGGAGGAACACACGGCAGAGAGAGAAAGGGCAGGAGUGAAGAGCGAGGGCUGAAGUGCAGGGCCACCGAGAUGGUCAGAAGAUGGAGGAAGUGGCAGUGAAGCAGGGCUUCCUGCACCUUCAGCAACAGCAGACUUUUGGAAAGAAAUGGCGGCGGUUCUGGGCUGUGCUGUACAGAGAGUCUGGUUGCGCCUUGGCCCGGCUGGAGCUCCAGGAAUACUCCGAGAAGCAGCGCCGUGGAGAGGCUGCCCGACGGAUUAUCCGCCUCAGUGAUUGCUUGCGGGUGGCUGAGGCCAGUGGGGAGGCCAGCAGUCCCCGGGACACCAGCGCCUUCCUCCUGGAGACGAAGGAGCGCCAGUGGCUGUUGGCGGCCCCCACUCCAGAGCAUGGUGACUGGUUGCAGGCCAUCUGCCUGGUGGCCUUCGCUGGGCAGAGGAGGGAGUUCCCAGGGCCCGGGCCGGAGGGCGUGCCAGGGAAGAGCAGUGGGCCCUGCAUGGCGGACAACGAAUUGUACAGCAGCUCGGCCACAGUGGUUGCCCAGAAGAAGUUUUCUGUGACCAUUAGACCCACAGAAGCCAGUGAGAGGUGCCGACUCUGGGGAGCCUAUACCCUCCGGGCUGGGGAGAGUGCCCUGGAGCUGUGGGGGGGCCUUGAGCCGGGCACCCUGCUAUACGACUGGCCCUAUAGGUUUCUGCGGCGCUUUGGGCGGGACAAGGUAACCUUUACCUUUGAGGCAGGCCGGCGCUGUUUCUCUGGGGAGGGCAACUUUGAGUUUGAAACCCAGCAAGGCAACGAGAUCUUCUUGGCUCUGGAGGAAGCCAUCUCUGCCCAGAAGAACGCUGCCUCUCCUGGGCCCCAGACUCAGCCAACUACCAUCCCCAUGGUGCUGCCCCAGCCGGAGAGCCCCUACUCUCGGCCCCAUGACUCACUGCCACCACCAUCGCCUGGCACACGAGUGCCUGCUGUGCGGCCUCGGGGUCCAGAGGGGGAAUAUGCAGUGCCCUUUGAUGCAGUGGCCCGUUCCUUGGGAAAGAACCUCAGGGGCAUCCUGGCAGUCCCUCCCCAGCCCCCAGUCGACCCUCUGUAUGACAGCAUCGAGGAGCACCUGGCCUCCCGACCCGACCACAUAUACGAUGAGCCCGAGGGAGUGGCUGCCCUCUCCCUGUACGACAGGCCCCAGGAACGCCAGGGUGAGGCUAGGAGGUGGCAGGCCAAAGCUGACAGGGACCCCAGUGGCCUCCAGCAUGUCUUCCCAGUGGGGCAGGACUUCUCUGCCUCUGGCUGGCCUCAGGGAACUGAGUAUGACAAUGUUGUACUCAGGAAAGGCCCAAAGUGAUGGGAGGGUGGAGGAGAUGUGGAUCACAUUAAAGUGCCAGCACAGCAGCAGUGCUGUGAUGCAGAGGAAGGGUGUUAGAAGGUGGUGAGAAGGAUCGAGGAGGAGGGGUAAGGUAGGCCUCCCCUUCUAAGUUUUGCUGCUGGUGACUGUUUUUGGUCACUGCAUCCACAGGACCUCCCUCCGCCUCCUUCCUGCCCUCCCUCCCUACACACACGCUGGGCUUGGCCUGCCUUAGUUUGGUUUGACAGAAUGUUCCUCCCAGUGCCCACUGGGUGAGUCACCAUACCAAAGCAAGAAGGGUGCCCUGGAGAGACCCACCCUCCUCCCACUCCUUUUCUACUUCCUCUACUCCCAACCCCCAGCCUGAGCAGAACCUGGGGCAUUUAGUGCAGAGGACAAAAGGAUGUCAGCAAAUCACUCUAGUUCCUUGGCUUGUGCAGGCCCCCUGCAGGCUGGUGACCUCUGCAGGGGACAGCCACGGCUCCAGGCACCCAGGGGGAUGGCUGCAGCUUUCUGUGGGGUCCAGACUUCUCUUUGGCAUUAAACAUCUCUAAAACAUUUUUGUGUGGCUUGAGUGCUGUGGGGGUGGGAAUGGGAGGACGCAGCCUUGCUAGGGGGUGAAUGCUCCAGUUGACUACCUUUGAGCACCCUUGUCUCCUAGCAGUGAGGUCCUCCCUGAGCCUGUACUGGGUCUCAGGCCUCUGUCUACAGGCCAGAGGUCCGUGGGAAGUCAGGGUGCCAUGGGAGAGAUGUUCAAGCAUCUCUAACCCUUUGCUAGUAUUGAGUCAACACCAGAAAAAUGA